AUGGUGGCUCCAAAAAGAGCCAAAAAGGAAAUUGUGAUAGAUAGUUUGGAAGACGGGGACGACAACAUUGUGGUGGCAAAUUUACCGACUGUGGAGUCGCAGCAGACAACCAUGGUUAUCGAUGAGAGAACGGAGGCGACCGAGAAAAAGGAGCAGAUACGCAGGCGUGAGUCACAAAUCUGGACGGUUGGAGAGUGCCUGGGGGACCUUCCUAUGCAAUUGGCCAGUACGAGAUACGAGGUUUGA